GGGCGCAGAGAGGCUGGGCUUGCUCGGCGCAGCAGCUCCGGAGGUCGCGCUGGGCUGGGAGUGCCGGCGGGGCCGCGGCCGGGGCUAUGUUGGGCAAGGAUUACAUGCUGGCCAUCAUUCUGGUCAACUGCGACGAUGACUUGUGGGGGGACCAGAAUCUGGAGGGGGAACCAGGCCUGCCCCCUGGCUGGAGGAAAAUCCGCGAUGCUGCUGGUACUUAUUACUGGCAUGUACCCAGCGGUAGCACCCAGUGGCAGCGCCCAACCUGGGAAUCAGGAGAUGCAGAGGACCCAGGCAAGGGGUCGGAAAGGAUUUGGGGACUGCGCCCCCCGAAAGGACGAUCCUUUUCCAGCCUGGAGAGCUCACUGGACCGAAGUAGCCCUCUGUCUUGGUAUGGUGAAGAAUCCUACAUCCAAAGCCUGGAGCCAGGAGCGAAGUGCUUUGCUGUCCGCUCUCUGGGAUGGGUAGAGGUACCCGAAGAGGACCUGGCCCCUGGGAAGAGCAGUAUUGCAGUUAAUAACUGCAUCCAGCAGCUGGCCCAGACCCGCAGCCGCAGCCAGCCUCCAGACAGUGCCUGGGGCGAGGGCCAGAACAUGCUGAUGAUCCUGAAGAAGGACGCCAUGAGCCUGGUGAAUCCACUGGACCACAGUUUGAUCCACUGCCAGCCUCUGGUGCACAUCCGUGUGUGGGGCGUGGGCAGCUCCAAGGGUCGUGACAGCCCCAUCUCUGCCUCUGCCAGGGACUUCGCUUUUGUGGCGGGUGACAAAGACAGCUGUAUGCUCAAAUGUCAUGUAUUCCGCUGUGAUGUCCCUGCCAAGGCCAUUGCCAGUGCCCUACAUGGUCUCUGCGCCCAGAUCCUGUCAGAGCGAGUAGGGGUCAGUAAUGAUGGCUCUUGCUGCUCCCUGGACCCCAUUUCUCCUGAAGACCUACCGCGGCAAGUGGAGCUGUUGGAUGCGGUGAGCCAGGCUGCUCAGAAGUAUGAGGCACUGUACAUUGGGACCCUGCCAGUCCCCAAAGCCAUGGGCAUGGACGUGCUGAACGAGGCCAUUGGUACCCUCACCGUCCGGGGGGACCGGAGCACCUGGGUGCCUGCCAUGAUCAGUGUAUCUGAUUCUCUCAUGACUGCACAUCCCAUUCAGGCAGAGGCCCGUGCAGAGGAGGAACCACUGUGGCAAUGCCCUGUGCGCCUCAUGACCUUCAUUGGUGUUGGCCGUGACCCACACACCUUCGGCCUCAUCGCCGACCUGGGCCAUCAGAGUUUCCAGUGUGCAGCUUUCUGGUGCCAGCCCCAUGCAGGCGGACUCUCCGAAGCUGUGCAGGCUGCCUGUAUGGUUCAGUACCAGAAAUGUCUUGUGGCCUCUGCAGCUCGAGGCAAGGCCUGGGGUGCUCAGGCCCGUGCCCGCCUGCGGCUCAAGCGGACCAGCUCCAUGGACUCCCCAGGAGGCCCCCCGCCUCUCCCCCUGCUCAAAGGAGGGGUUGGGGGUGCAGGAGCAGCACCUCGAAAGCGGGGUGUCUUCUCUUUUCUUGAGGCCUUCAGGCUGAAACCUUCUCUGCUCCAUAUGUCCUAA